GCCGCGCCGCGCUCGUCUCGCUGGCCGCGCUGGGCGGGCCUGGCGGAGCCAUGGCGGCCGUGCGGGGCCUGCGGAUCUCGGUGAAGGCGGAGGCGACCACGACCACGGCGGAGCCGCGCGGCCCCGAGCCCGAGCCCAUGGAGGUGGAAGAGGGCGAGCUGGAGACCAUCCCUGUGAGGCGCUCGCUGCGGGAGCUCAUCCCGGACACCAGUAGGAGAUAUGAAAACAAAGCUGGAAGUUUCAUCACUGGAAUAGAUGUAACCUCCAAGGAAGCAAUUGAGAAGAAGGAACAAAGAGCUAAACGCUUCCAUUUUCGGGCUGAGGUGAAUCUGGCCCAGAGGAACGUGGCCCUGGACCGGGACAUGAUGAAGAAAGCAAUUCCUAAAGUAAGACUGGACACCAUUUACAUUUGUGGAGUGGAUGAGAUGAGUACCCAGGACAUCUUUGCCUAUUUCAAAGAGUAUCCUCCUGCUCAUAUUGAGUGGCUGGAUGACACCUCAUGUAAUGUGGUCUGGCUUGAUGAAGUGACAGCAACACGGGCUCUAAUAAAUAUGAGUUCCCUGCCUGAUCAGGAGAAAACAAAGAGCAGAGAAAGCAAUAAGGAGAAGACAGCUGAAAAAAACAAGAAAGAAAAACAGGAGGAAAGCUCUGAUGAUGAGACAGAAGAAGGCGAGGUUGAGGAUGACAAUCCCAGUGAUGUGGAGUUGGAUGCCCUCUCCCAAGUAGAAGAGGAUUCUCUCCUGCGUAAUGACCUUCGCCCUGCCAAUAAACUGGCUAAAGGAAACAAGCUAUUCAUGAGAUUUGCUACUAAAGAUGACAAAAAGGAGCUGGGAGCUGCAAGGAGAAGCCAGUAUUACAUGAAAUAUGGCAAUCCAAAUUAUGGAGGCAUGAAAGGAAUUCUUAGCAAUUCUUGGAAGAGGAGGUACCAUUCCCGGCGGAUCCAUCGGGAUGUGAUCAAGAAGAGGACGCUGAUUGGGGACGAUGUGGGCUUGACUCCUCCCUAUAAACAUCGGCACUCUGGCUUGGUAAAUGUUCCUGAAGAGCCCAUUGAGGAGGAGGAGGAGGAGGAGGAGGAGGAUCAGGACAUGGAUGAAGAUGACAGAGUGGUGGUGGAGUACCGGGAUGAGCUGCAGGCUUUCAAGCAGUCGCGGGAGCGCAGCGCCGCGAGGAGAUCCAGCGCCAGCGCCUCGGACUCGGAUGAGAUGGACUAUGACCUGGAACUGAAAAUGAUUUCCACCCCCUCGCCCAAAAAAAGCAUGAAGAUGACCAUGUAUGCAGAUGAGGUGGAGUCACAGCUGAAAAACAUUAGGAAUUCCAUGCGAGCAGAUAGCAUAGCCACCAGCAACAUCAAAAACAGGAUUGGCAGCAAAGGAUCCUUGGAGAAAGUUGCAGAUGUGAGGCUCCUGUUGGAAGAGAAACGUCAGAAUAACUCUGGGCCACGGCAGCCAAACAGCACUGUCAAAUCAGAUGUGAGGCAGAGACUGGGAAAAAGGCCACACUCUCCAGAAAUCAAAGCUCCAAGCAGUACCUGUGCUCCUCGUCGAGAACCAAUCUCAGAUGUGCACAGCAGGCUGGGAAUCCCCAAACAAGAUGUAAAAGGCCUCUACUCUGACACCAGAGAGAAGAAAUCAGGUAAUUUAUGGACCAGACUGGGGUCUGCUCCGAAGACACAGGAAAAGACUCCAGAGAAAGCUGAAAACUCUGUGGCAUCUCCAGAGGAGGAUGACUCUGAGCUGCAGAGGGUUUGGGGUGCUCUCAUUAAGGAGAAAGAACAGUCCAGGCAAAAAAAGAGUCGCUUGGAUCAUUUACCCUCCCUACAAAUCGAGAUCAGCCGGGAAAGCAGCUCUGGCUCAGACUCUGAAUCAUGACUGUUUUCACAGCCUGACCCUCCUGGUGGUGACUCUGCAGCGUGGCAGGAUCCCCUUUGCCCAAAAGCUGGACGCUGGCAAAGACUCUGCAGUGAAGGUUCCAGAAGUGUCUCUGUUCCUUUUCUACAACAAGAGAGGCGUAAACCACUUGAAACUUAAAGCAAAGCUGUUUGUCUGGAGUCUGUGGCUGGCCCUGUGCUCCGUAGGGCAUUGUCAUCUCUGCUGAUGACAGCAAACCUGUAGUGAAUUGUAGCAAAACAUUUUCUCCCCCGAGCUUUGAACUUAAAAAGAUGAGACAGAAAUGCUCUGUAUUUUAAGGAGACCUUUUCUGUUCUUGGUAUUUUCAUCAUGGAGGCUUUUAACAAAAUGUUUUACACACUUCAUCCAAAGAACAGGGCAUUUCAUGAUCCAGAUCAUUGCCUUGCCCUUCUGGCUCUUACCAGCACUUUUCCUUUCCUCUUGAAGUAAUAACAAUAAAGCUUCCUGGGUGGGCAGCCAGCAAGGAUAAAGCAUGAAGGGAUUGAUUAUCACAUUCCCUUCUUCCAACACACUGAAUGUAAAUCCAGGUUACACAUUUUAUUACAGUUAAAUUCCAUGUAGUUAUCCCAGUGGCACCACCAGAAUCCAAGGAAUCCUGCUCAUUUAUUUUGGUGAUGCCACAUUCUGCUGUAGCAGGGAUUGAGAUAUUCAGGACUCCCAAAGUGGAUGUUUGACAAUUGUGUAAAUCCCUGAGGGUUUGGGUUUUGGUUUUUUUGCUAUUUUUCCAUGAGGAGAGAUUAUAUUCCUGUCAUUCCACCUGGAUUAUGUCCUGAAGCAAUCCAACAGCGGGAAAGCAUUUUUAUAUUUGUGAGAAUCUUGCUGUUGGCCACAGUGAAAGUUCUAGUGUGUUCUCCUCUGUGCUGUUCUCUAUCUAUAUAGAAGUGAAAGAGAAAAAGAAAACUUUAGAAUCACUGUCUCCUGUCAAUACUUUGGAUGUUCUUCCUGUAUAGUACACGUGGAUGUGGACAUGGGUGACUUACUCCAUUCAGCUUUUUUAUCUGCACAUUUUCAUCCCUCCCUGGGUAGCACAAGGGUUUGAUCAAUGUGCAACUGCUAUUUUUUAUCUCACGUUGCCAGUAAUUCUGAGUGAGGAAUAAUGCAGCACAUCACAUUCAGGUAAACAACAGGUAGCAAAACCAUUUUAAUAGUCUGAAAUCUGUUUGCAUUGUCCCUGAUCCUUGGUUCUGUCAGUCCAAAAUGUCUAUGAACUUCUCUCCCCAUUUCUGCUUUUUAACAAGCAAAUUUUUCCUUUUUUUUUUUUUUUGCCCCCUCCCUGUUUUUGUACUAAGUUGAAGUAGGUUUGAGGUUUCAGCAAGGAAUCUGCAAAAUUAACUUUUCUUACGCUUUAUGAUGUGUGAGGAUAGCAAUAUGUCAAAUGAAAGGUCAAAGACAGGCACAGCGACUGGAGGGGCAGUCUGGGGGCUGGCCAGGCUUCAAGCCUUACUCUUUCCUUGUUUUGUGACACUCAUCCUUGAUUUUAUAUUUAAUUAUUGAAUAUAUAAAUGUCUCAUAAAAGUACUGUUGAGAGAAACGCCUGCAAUGUCUGAUCACUGUAAUAACUCAUUUUAAACGUGUGCUUUCAUUAAUAUCCUCUCCCCAAGCUUUCCCAGAGAACCACACCUAUCUCUCCACAUCCUGAUAAAAUUGAUUUCACCGAUGUCUUUUUGCCAGUAAACCUUUGUGUUGUGUCAC